AUGGCUGGAGGCAAUCCUUAUAAGGCUUUUUCUUCCUGCCGCAGAACCAUCGGAAUAAAUCUGAAAACCCAUGCUGUUCGUCCCAUUAUAUCCUUUGGGGUGGGGGAUCUGAGUGGGCCACCUCUCCCGGAGGUGCUCAGAGCCAUGUGCAUGCGUGCUAAGUCACUUCAGUCAUGUCUGACUCUUUGUGACCCUAUGGACUGUAGCCUGCCAGGCUCCUCUGUCCAUGGGACUCUCCAGGCAAGAAUACUGGAGUGGGGUGACAUUCCCUCCUCCAGGGGAUCUCCCGACCCAGGGAUCAAACCCACAGCUCCUGUGGCUCCUGCAUUGCAGGCGGAUUCUUUACCUCUGAGCCACUGA